AGAUAGGUGGCAAGUAGCGAAGAGGGCUCUAAAGAGAAUUAACUUAAUUUAUUCCACGUCUCGCUUUACUUGCUCAUGAUGAACAACUGAUACCACUAUCAUUACGAGUUUAAUCUACAUUAAAGAACAAUUGGACAGAGAAAAUUAAUUUCGUUUUUAUGCUUAAAAGAAAUUCUCGAUGACUACCCAAAGGUCACCAAAUUACACAAAUUCUCACGGGGAGUAAUGACACAAUGACGACAUUAUGCCCGUAUACACUUCUCCUUAUUGUUAUAAUCAUCAUAGAAAUGAGGGCGCCACAACCAUCUGCAUUAUGUGGUCUCUCAGAAUUUUCUUGCGAUAAUGGCAAAUGCGUUCGACAGAAUAUGUAUUGUAACGGCAGGGAGGACUGUGGAGACGGCAGCGACGAACCACGUGGUUGUAUUGCUUGCAACAGGACAUUCAAUGGUGAAGCUAAUGUUAAGUACAGACUACACAUCAGCGAGCCUUUCCACCGGCACGUACCUUUUCUCUGUGUUGUCAGUUUCGUAGCAGAUGGUGGCACGUACGGAGACUACGUUGAGCUACGGUUUCUCUCCUUCAAUGUCGGAUCGCUUGAAAAGGGAAGUUCCGGUCUCACUUGCUAUGGUGGCCACCUGCAAGUUCUCGAUAAGAAAAAUCCAGAAACAGAUAUCAGCCACCAACAAACACGUGGUCUCAGCCAGCUCGUCUCAGCGCUGAAACACACAAACGGAAUGUUUCCGAGCUUGUAUAACUUUACAGGAAAAAUUGCACCCCACUUUGGAUAUUUUUGCGGCCAAAUGUCAGCCCAAGGUGUCAACUACUUCUCAAGCGGGAAUAACGUUACCCUUCUUAUUUUCAUGCCACGUCGGACUUCUUGGCGGUAUCAGUCUUUUAACGUGUUUCUCACGUACAGGUUUAUUACCACGAAAACGAGUGUGGGGAUUCAAGAAGAUGACACCAAGGUUAACGUAGGAAGGGCAACACCAAAUUCUUUUUGUAACGUGGAAUAUCGUGAUUGCGUUAACCAAGUCUGUAUUAUUAGAUCUCCAAACUUUCCGGGUACAUUUUUACCGAAUUUUACAUGUCAGUACUUGAUAAGACAAAAUGAGAUUCCAAAAGGAUUCCAUGCACAGAUAGUGCUGAAGCAGGACAAUGAAUACAAAAUUUCCAUUGAAAACGGACAUUCCGGUCUCGGAGCAAUUUCAAGCAGUUCACUAACCACUGAGUGUUCACGAGACGUUGUACGUAUAUUUGACGGUUCGACACCAGAUACAGUCUUAUUAACUGAGUUUUGUGGGUCGGGUGCUCUUCCUGCAGUUGUAUCCAGUCAAUCCAGCGUCUUGAUCCAGCUGGUUAGUGCUCCAUCUCAGCUACUGCACGAUUCUAGGCUAGAGCUAGAAGCGCGGGUCAGAUUUGUCAAGAAACCAGUUUGGCGGAUAAAGGGAAAUAGCUGUAACUUUCUAAUUGAUGUGUCACAGGAAAGAGAAGGAAUUAUUGAAAAUCCCCAGCACACUGUCCCAUUGCAAACUAUAUGUACUUACAUUAUAAGAGGUAAACGCCCCUCUGAUCGUGUCUGGUUGUACUUUACGUCUUAUAUAGUAGAAGACAAGCAUCCCUGGUCACUUACAGAACACUGCGACACUGGUAAACUACAGAUUCUAGGCUCGGCUGUUCCAGAUCAUUUGGUAUUCACAGAAAACAAUUCAUUUGAAAACAACCACACGUACUGUGAGAAAAGUUCACCACAGCUUUGCACUCGUGCAGGAGAUACGCGUAGUCUCAUACCCCUCCGUCCCUGCAGUUUACCAGAAGAAAGUUACUUUUCUAAGGGACCAGAGUUGAUGUUGAGGUUGCAUUAUCCAAGAAUUUCGGGAAUAUCAACAAUCCAGCCUAUUUUCAAAGCCCGUUAUGAAAUUGUAGACACUCGUCAACCCGGGCUGGGCCUUCACUUAUCUCUUUGCGACCGGUUUGUAGGAAGUGAAAACUCAAACCAUGGUACAAUCUUUUCCCCGAGGAAUGUCUUGUAUUAUGGUAGAGGAGGUCGUCGUGAGAUUUCUUGUCGGUAUAAUCUUAAAGGAAGAGACUCAAAACGAGUGAAAAUAAUGUUUCUAACCCUACAACUUUUGUCAUCGGUAUGUACAAAUAUGAUUGAUAGUGUAACGCAUCAAAGAACUUGUGAAAUCACUCAGAAUAAUAAGGAACCUCUUUCCUUUAUACAAGUUGUUGAAAACUGGCAGGGAAUCGAACUGUCGCUUGGCUGUUUUUGUAACAUAAGCUUGAUAUCAUUAGCACAUAAACCUAUCGAAAUUACUUCUCUUAGCGAUAAUGUUUCAGUGAUUUUUACUGUAAAAGGCAUGACUUCUGUACAAGACUAUCACCAUUUUAAUUUUAGAGCUAAUUAUAAGUUUUUCUCUUUUCCUCCUUGUGAUUAUGUUUUAAAGGAAGAAAAGGGCUCAAAAGGAAUACUCACUAUGGUUGUUAACAGGUCGGUGAUAGACGAACAUGGUGAAUUUCGUUGUAGAUGGUCGUUGAAACCAGCUGUUGGUAAACAUACAUAUUUAACACUUCGUGGAACAAAGGGACCAGGAGAAUGUCCGUACAACAACGUAGUAAAGGUUUACAUUGGGAGUAGUAACACAGCUAUUGCGAUGGUUUGCUUGAAUGACAAUAUGACAGAAGUAAAAGUAGUUUCACCGUUUGGGAGUGGUAUGGAUUCUGUAACGCCACAUCAGACUGACCGCGUGUCCCAAGGAAAGACAAAUCAUAUCAUUCUUGAAGCUAUCAUUAAAGCCCCACAGCCUGUGCGUGUAGAGUGGGGUGAGGUGACAAAACCCUUCCUGAAGAAAAACGUGGGCCAGUCCUUAAGGACCAUUAAUUGUCUUGUCAGAUGCCCGGAAAUUAAUGCAUGUAUUAGUCCUGACCUAUGGUGUGAUGGAAAGAAACAUUGUCCAUCAGGCUACGACGAGGCGGCAGAAAAUUGCCAACGGUAUCCUCUGUUGUACGUUGCCGUAGGGGUCGGAGUCACGCUCUUUCUACUUAUGCUGGUUCUAAUAGCGAUAAUUGUCAGGUGCAGGAAACGCGAUAAACGGACCAUACGAAUUCCAACCGUUGAUAACUUUGAAAUGAACGGCAGCGGUCGAGCUCAAGAAGAUUGUUUUUUAAAGUAUUAAUCCAUAAUAAUGUCUCUCCAAAUCUUGGACCUCCUCUAGCUGUGAUAUAUAUAUUAUACUACAUUCCAUUAAAUUAUGAAAAAGAAAUAACUUUGUUUAUAUUAUCUUGUGGAAACUGUUGGCACAUGUUUCUGUAAGCUCAAAACGUGAAUAUAUUGUAUUUGAUAUUCUUGCAUGACGAAGAAUGGCAACUCAAAUAAUCUACAAAGAACUUUCACUGAAGAUGACAUGUGGAUUGCUGUUAAUUAAACAAUAUUUGUAUUUCUUUUCUCUAAACU